UUCCGGCGUUUGCCUUGUGGUCUUUGAGCUGGCGUCCCGCUGCUUACUUGUUCAGGGGUUCUUAGUCGCUUGGUGGGCACCGAGGAGACGGGACGGGAAGCGAGAGGAGAGGCGUUGGCCCCGCUGCCCAGUGGCGGCUGUGAGGCCCCCUGAACCCGUGGUUGACGGCAGUGCCCUCGGUCCGUCCUCGCUCUUCCCACGGCUGGCGACCGAAGCCGCGACGAUGACGGCAGCUCAGAUGGAGACACUGAAGCCCUUGUGCCUUCUAAAAUACUGACUUGGGCUUUGUGGUCUUUGAGGACGUGGCCAUAUAUUUCUCCCAGGAGGAGUGGGGACUUCUUGAUGAGGCUCAGAGACUCCUGUACUGUCAAGUGAUGCUGCAGAACAUUGCACUUUUGUCCUCCGUAGGUUGUCUGCAUGGCACCCAGGAUGAGGUGGCCCUUUCAGAGCAGCAUGAUGCAGCUGCAGGGUCACAGGUCAAGACUCCAAAGCCAGGCCCAUGCAUCCAGAAGCCUCACCCGUGUAAGACGUGCGGCCCACUCUUGAAAGACACUUUGUGCCUGGCUGGGCAUGGUGGGACACAACCUGAGCAGGUGGUGUCCACAUGUGGGGAGAGUCCUUCCCAGCAUCCAAAGGAGCCACAUCAAAGGAGACUCCCUGGAUGGGGUGAGGGGAAGACUUUCUGUGUGAAGAAUGACAGUGCUCAUGUGACAGAUCAGACCUGGCCAUGUCGGGUGAAAGGGCAGGAGUUCCUAGCCCGAUCCAGCAUUCUCCAGCACCAGGCCCCUCACACGGAAGGGAAACAGCACAGUGACAUGGAGGGAAGGGCAGCCUCUGAAAGUGGACAGAAUGAUGACAAGCGCAGUGAAUGUGGGAAGACGUUUAGCCAAGAACACACACUUGUUGAGCACCAGAAAAACCUUUGCUGUGAAAGCGGGAAGACCUUAAUCAGAAGGUUCCACCUGGUUCAGCAGCAGAAAACCGACACUGAGACAAGAUUCUCUGAGCAGCUUGGAUGUGGAAGGUUCUCUGCACAAAGGUCUGGCUUCACUGCACACCAUACAGUUCACACUAGGUCAGUGCCUUAUGAGUGCAGCCAGUGUGGGAAGUGUGUUAAGGACAGCUUCACACUCAGUGUUCAUCAGCGAGUUCACACAGGAGAAAAGCCAUAUAAGUGCAGCGAAUGUGGAAAAUUCUUUAGGUACAGCUUCACACUCAAAAGACAUCAGGAAGUUCACAUUGGAGAAAAACCAUAUGAGUGCAGUGUGUGCAAGAAGUUUUUUGUAGACAGCUCCAGGCUCAUUAUUCAUCAGAAAGUUCACACUCGGGGAAGGCGUUUUGAAUGCAGCAAAUGUGGGAAAUUCUUUAGGUACCGCUUCACACUUGAGCGGCAUCAGAAAGCGCACAUUGGAGAAAGGCCUUAUGAGUGCAGCGUAUGUGGGAAACUCUUUAGGCAUAACUCAAAUCACAUUAGGCAUCGGAGAAAUCACACUGGAGAAAGACCUUAUGAGUGCAGUGUAUGUGGUAGACUCUUCAGUCAAAACUCCCACCUCAUUCGGCACCAAAACGUCCACACCAGAGAAAAAACUUAUGAAUGUAGCAAAUGUGGGAAAUUCUUUAUGGACAGCUCCACCCUCAUUAUUCAUCAGAGAGUCCACACUGGAGAAAAGCCUUAUGAGUGCAGAGAAUGUGGGAAAGUCUUUAGGUACAACUCCAGCCUCAUUAAACAUCGGAGAGUUCACACUGGGGAAAGGCCUUAUGAAUGUGUCAGCUGUGGGAAAGGCUUUAGCCAAAACUCCCACCUCCUUCGACAUCAAGAAGUUCACACUAAAGAGUAUUGCAAACAGGGGAAGACUUCAAAGCAAAGUCUGGUCUGAUUUAGCACUGGGAUGGACUGCUAUCUAGGUGUUUAAAAUUUUUUUAAUUGUGAAGUAUAUGUAACAGAAUUUACAGUCAACCAUAUUUAAGUGUAACUUCAGUAGUAAUAAUACAUUCACAUUGUGCACAAAUAUUCAAAAGUCUUUUCAUCUUAUAAAACUAAACCCAUUAGACAGCAACUCUUCGUCCCCGCUCUUAUUGAUUGAUAACAACUAUUCUGCUUUCCGUGUAUGAAUUUGUUCUCACUGAGGAACUUAUAUAAGAAUCAUCAAGUUAUUCUUCUUUUUUGGCUGGCUUAUUUAACUGAGCAUAAUGUUCUUAGGGUUCCUCCGUGUUCUAGCAUGUAUCAGAAUUUCAUUCCUUUUUUGAGUAAUGCUCCAUCUUCUGUACAUCCUACUUUUUCUGUUUCCUUUCAUCAUUGGGCACUUGAGUUGCUUUCCCUAUUUGGCUGUUGUAUGUAAUGCUGUUAUAAAUAUGAUGGCAUAAAUAUUUCUUUGAGGCCUUACUUUCAGUCCUUUUAAGGUAUAUUCCCAGACAUAGAGUUUUUGGACCAUAUAGUAAUUCAAUAUUUACAUUUUUUUAGGAACUGAGGGGCUGUUUUCCAUGGUAGCUGGACUGUUUUACAUUGAUGCAGCUCGAGGUUUCCAAUUUCUCUACACCCUCCGCAAUGUUUUUAUUUUCUUCUUGCUUUAUUUUUUAUAACACUAUCCUAAGGGACACGAGAUGAUAUUUCAUUGUGAUUUUGAUUUGCAUUUAAUGAUGUUGAACAGUUUUUCAUCUGCUUGUUGGCUGUUUGUAUUAGUCCUUUGAGAAAAUGUCUCUUCCAAUCCAUUGCCCAUUUUUUAAUGUGGUUAUUAUGGUCAUUGUUAUUGUUAUUUAAAUGUUGGAGUUCUUUAUAUAUUCUGUGUAUUAACUUCUUAUUAAAUAGUUUGCAAAUAUUUUCUUCCACUCUGAGGGUAGUCUUUUCACUGUGUCGACUUAGUAAUUUUUUUUGCACAGAAAUUUUAAAUAUUAGUGUAGUCUAGUUUAUUUCUGUUAAUGUUGCCUGUGCCUUUGUUAUCAUGUCCAAGAAAUUAUCACAAAUCCACUGUCAUGAAGCCUUUUUCUUAUGUUUUCUUCUCAGAGUACUAUGCUUUUAAACCUUAAUGUUUAGGUCUUUCAUCCAUUCUGCAUUUCCUUUCUCUUUUUUUGGCCACAUCACACAGCUUGCGGUAUAUCAGCUUCCAACUAGGGACUGAACCCAGGCCACAGCAAUUUUGUUAAAAACCAAGGAGAACAGAUUUCUGUGCUCUCUUGCUUUCUCUGCUGCCCUUGUGGCUCAGCUGGUAAAGAAUCUGCCUGCAAUGUGGCAGCCCAGGGUUCUAAUCCCUGGGUUGGGACGAUCCCCUGGAGAAGAGAAAGGCUUCCCACUCCAGUAUUCUGGCCUGGAGAAUUCCAUGGACAGUCCAUGGGGUCAAAAACAGUUGGACACAGCUGAGUGACUUUCACUUUCACUUCACUUUCACUUGCUUUAUCUGGAGUAUCGCCAGCCAUUUGAGCCUUUUGCUAAGAAUUUGUGCCCCACCCCCUUGGUUGGUUACAGUGUGAACAUCACCCAGCUUUGCCAGAAGACUG